AUGUGUCAGUGAGGUGGUACAGCGCGUGCGCGGCGCGCGUCACACCGCAAGGCCGUCCGGCAAACUGUCAAAUAUGAUAAACACUUGAAGCCGAUUGUUGUUAGCACUCGUUCUAACAAAGUUAUAAAACAAAAUAAUAAUAAUACCUCUAAAGUGAUAUUUAACAUUAAUCUAGUAUUCAAAAAGUGAUAUAAAAUAGUAUUUAUUCAUGUAUUUCUACCGUGUUAACUGUUUCCGUCUAUGACAUAACCUCUAACACCAGUGAAGUGAUACUAGAAAAUUGAACUUUAUUCUAAUAGUGUUAAGGACAGUUUUCAAAAAUGAAGUACGGUAAAAAAAUAGUUUUAUUUACGCUAUUCGCGAUGAACCUAGUGGAUCAACCGGCUCCCGAAGUAACUAUCGAGCAAGGGAAAUUAAGCGGUAAAAUAAGUACCGAUGGUUCCUUUUUCGAAUACAUCGGUAUUCCCUACGCUAGUACUAAUAGCAGUACGAGGUUCAAGGCACCACUACCUCCACCAAAAUGGGAGGGAGUAUACAAGGCCGUCGAUGAGAUGUACCAGUGUCCACAGCAUCCAAUGGGUUUACCCAUUAAAGUAGUUGGCAUGGAAGACUGCCUCAAAAUCAACGUGUACGUUCCAGCAAUGGCUAAAGGCCCAUUGCCUGUCAUGGUCUACAUUCAUGGCGGCGCUUACAUUCUUGGAAAUGGAGGAAAAACGGUCGUAGGACCAGAAUUCUUAGUUAAGCAAGAUGUGAUAUUAGUUUCCUUUAACUACAGACUUGGUAUAUUAGGCUUUCUCUGUUUACACACCGAAGAAGCACCCGGCAAUGCCGGUCUGAAAGACCAAGUAGCGGCUUUACGUUGGAUUCAGAAAAACAUAGCUGCAUUCGGUGGAGACCCAGAUAACGUUACCAUAUUUGGAACGAGCGCUGGUGCAUCAUCAGUGUCCUUGCUUGUUGCUAGCGAAGUUACUGAAGGUCUAUUUAAACGAGCGAUUAUGCACAGUGGAUCAUCAUUAGCGAAUUGGGCCAUAAGUUAUGACCCCAUAUCUACAGCAAGUAAUAUUGCGAGUCUAUUAGGUUAUAACACAAAAGACCCAAAAGAAAUUUACGAAAUAUUUUCUACUUCAUCAGUCCAAGACAUGGUUACGGCAACAAUACAUAGUCCUAUACCACAACUUUUAGUAAAACUUUUGCCGUUGCCAUGCGUGGAGAAACAUAUUCCUGGCGUCGAAUCAGUCAUAACAGAUUUACCAUACAACUUGAUGACUAAAAAUCCGAAAAAUAUUUCUCUGAUGUUCUCCUCGGCUGACAGAGAAGGACUAUUCUUCAUAAACGUCGAUACAACAGAAACACUAGAGAGACAUAAUAAAAAAACUAUGUUCGGAAAUGACUUAGUUUUUAAAACUAAAGAUGAAGAAAAUGAAUAUGAUCGUGAAAUAAAAAAGUUUUAUUUUAAUGGAGAACAGAUUAGUGAAAGGAACAUUAUGAACCUAUCGGAUUUAUAUUCACAUUUGUAUUUUGAGAUGCCGGUAACAUUCGAGGCGGAGAUAAUGGCGAAGAAGAUUGAAGCUCCUGUGUAUAGCUACUACUUCACGUACUCUGGAGGACGCAACUUUGUCAAGUACAGUACUAAAUACAAAAAGGAAAUAGGUGCAUGCCAUGGAGAUGAUCUAUUCUACACAUUCCAGGGAACAAUAAUACCUUUCAGAGUUAACAAAGAGGAUCAAAAAGUAGUAGACUGGCUGUCCAAAAUAUUAACCAAUUUUGCUAAAUAUGGAGAUCCUUCACCAAAAGGGGAGUUUCCAAUCAAAUGGCCUCCACACACUAAAGACCAAUUGAACUUUUUGAAUAUAGGCAAUAAAUUGGAGAUGACAUCGAUGAGGAACCCUGAUGCUUAUCGCAUGUGGAAACGAAUUUACGAUAAACAUCGAAGAACUGAACCUAAGUACUGAAACUAUUAUUCUAGUUACUUGUAUUUUAUUCAUAUUACAAUAUAGUAAAUUAAAUUAGUUACUUAAUAAGGAAACAUUUAAUGUUGAACAAAUAGAAUAGUGUUACUUAAAUGGUGUGACUCUCACGAUAUCGUUUGAUCUGAUGUCUGUAAUCCGUCCACGUUACAUCUUUUUUACAUGGCAAAUACUAAGUAGAUUUAUAUGAAGUUUUCAAUUAUAAAUACAUAAGAACCAUUAUAUUCUAGAUGGAAACAAAUUAUAGUACAUUGUAUAUUUCUAGAUUUUAUCGUGAGAAUAUUAUGUUUUAGUCGGUAGUACAGGGUAUAAUUAUGAAAUAUCAAAAUUGUAAUUUAUUUAUAACGUAUAGCAUUCCAAUAAAUUGUUAUUUUAUUUU